AUGAGGCCCACGACGACGACCACCGCCCCUUUUCCUUCUUCCUCUGGCGGCGAAAACGUGAUGAAGACGACGGCUUCGUCGUUGGGGGACGACGAUGACAAACGAGAAGAAAAUGUAGAUUUGUUUCCAGUCGUCACCAAACAAGUGCGAGCAGCCUGUCGAUAUUCCUCGACUGCUGAUGCUCGUGAUGCGAAUAAUAGGAACGAGAAUCAGCUUUUGAUUUCCGCGUCAAACGUGGACGAACUCAUCUCCUCGGACGAGAAGUUUUUAGUUCUCAAAAGAACUUUGAAACACUCAGACGAGAGAGUGUUGAAGCAUUCGCACGACUUGAUGUUUGAGACGUAUUUACGAGAUAAGAGAAACAUCGAGACGAGAAUGAAAACGUGCGGGAUUAUACGGAAACUGAGCGUACAAUCGAAACUGUUUCGAGAACUCACCAUGGAAAGACUGAACGAGUUCCUUCGGUUCGGGUUAGGCGUAGGGACGUGCGGCAGGAACGGAGCGAAACGAAGCGCCAUGUUGAGCGAAACCAACUUACCGGGGAACGACAAGGCGAAGAAAGAGACGCUUCGCCAGAUUGGAUACGAAACGUUAGAAAAAUGGGGUGUUAAAUUCGGGGCGCAGUUCCCACAGAUUGAAAUUGCGAAGAGAUUUGUGACGGAAAAUCUCGGCGACGAGGCUCCCGAAGUGAAGGCGAAGAAGGCAAAGGAGGAAGAAGCGCGAAGAGAACGGGAGGUGCAAGAGCGCUUGUUACAAAAAUGGGAAGAGGUGAAAAAUGACGUACCGUCGCUCGUGGAGGAUUCUCACGAGGUUGUCUUUGGUGCCAAGGCGUGCUUUGAAAUCUUAUUCGGUGCAUCGACCGGGAAAGGAAACAAUAAACUUGAAAACGACGAAGACGAAGAAACAGAGUGGGAAGACGUAGAAGACGAAGAGCACGCAAACCUCGAUGGACAUAAAAAUGACGACGCUUCGACUCCAAAGAAGAAGAACGAGAAUAAUGAUAAAAAUUAUGACCACAAUAACGCCGACGAUAAUGAUAACGGAAUUUACUUGUGCGAAACAGAAGACAACGCGGCUGUCUUGGAAGACUUGAGAGGAUUUUACGUUUCCGCUCGGCUACAACUAUUGCCGAAGUUUUCGUCUCACUUGGCCUUUCUUGGUCGUUUCACCAAUCACUCGUUACAGGACGAACGGGCAAGAUGUAUCAACAAACUUGGUGAGGUGAAAAAGAAGAUUGUUGAUAUCAUCGAGCGCUGCGACGCGUUGAAUUUAAUACCACUCGAAAAGAGAAAACAGUUGAAACAAGUUGCAAGCGGUAAUGAGAAUUGCAAAGAAGAAGAGGAAGAGGAGGAAGGAGAAGAAAAUCCAAUCGUCCAAUCGGGAUUGAUGCCCAAUUUACAAGGCGAAAACGCCUUGCGUCAAUCUUCGAACAUCAACGAACUUCUCGAGAGAGCGCACCGGCGAAGGAGACGAGCGUACCAGCCUCCUCCGAAGAGGCAGAACGUAUCAGCUCUUGCCGUCGAAAGAGCGGCGAAAACGGUCGUCGCGCAAGAAGUUCGAGACCAUAACGAAGAAAUGCUCGCUAUUGCCGGAACGAGAGCGGAAAUGGGGAUUUGUGAGGAAAAUGCGGAACAAAUCCUAGAGCAAGAAAGGUUAGCGACGCGACUUCAAGAGGAGGAAGUCCGCGAGUACAAAGAGACGAAAAAACGAAAGAAAGGAUCGGUUAAGGAUCGAAUCACGCAAAAGCUUCGAAUGUUGAAACGUUCUAACAGAGCGGGAGGACGAUAG